AUGUUCAGAGAUGCCUACAGAGAGCCUCUGGACCACUGGAACAACCUGCAAUCAUACACAGAGCCUGACUUCCGAAUCCUCUCAGAUUACAUGCAAGACACCGCCACUGGUUUGGGCAUUAACAUCCAGGUUCAUGGAGCCAUAAUGGAACAAAUUCUUGGCUCUCCACAUUACACAGAUUCCCAGUUUGGGAAGUACAAAGUCCCUGUCUUCCCUAGCCAUGUGUACAAUCCAUUGGACUUAGCUGUUUGGCAUGCUGAUGGUGCCAGCUUUUUGCUUUAUGCUGGCUACACAGGUUUCCCAGUCAAUGACUUGCAUUCAGUUUUUCUUCUUACCUUACUGCCUCCUCUGGGACAAGAUCCACUUAAGUAUCUGGGUGAUCUAACAGGCCCUAUCCUUCAAUCAUUAGAUUGCAAGCUUUGCAAUGCCAUUCGUCUGUGGUUCUACCUUGGACCAACAGAUCCCAUCAGUAACACUCUGGGUGAUUUGGUACCACAGGCCUUGAUCUCACUGCAGACCCAACUCCAGGUAAACUUUUUAUUUUUAAUUUUCAUCAAUCUGAUUGAACACAUUAUCCAAACACAGGAUCUUAUUUCAGAACUGGUGGUUGAUAACACCAUCUUCUGGCAAACGAAAGCAUUUCAGCAGAUGUGUCAAGGGUUUCAUCAAGUGUUCGAUGCAUUUAGUACAGACUUGACCAUACCUAAGGCUUUCAUGACAAUUCCAUGUGGACCCCUCAAUGUCAUUGCAUAUUUGUAUGAUUGCAAGCCUUGCACACCAACAGAAAUUUUUGACUACAUUGACUUUGGAACCCCUCCAGCUCUUCUGCUUUUCCCAAGUCUCUGCCAUAAUUUCUGGAUGGAACUUUUUGCCUUUCUUUUGGAGGACAUUGAGCACUCAAAGGCACUGCUAUACACCAUGAGCGGUAGUAAGAAUCUUCCCCGACAGGCUAACCUCAUCCUCCAGUUUGAAUUCAAAGUUCUGGACUCCGCUGGUAGUAUCUUCGCACAUGCAUGCAUAAGGAGGGCUGAGAUAUCAUGGGAUGCUGUAAUGAACAACAUUCUUGCUGGCAGGCACAAAGCACUUAUACCGACAGCCUGGUUGGAAGCCAUAUUGACUGGAGUGGCAGGCUAUAGCAUGUUGUGA